UUAUGCUCUACUGCAGUCUGCAAAGCAGGGCCGUGAAGAUCGGGAGAAACUCCUGAGAGAGAUCCAUAACAUGAGAGAGGAGCUGUACGAUAAGGUUUCGCACGCGGAAAGGACCUACGAUAUCCCUGGCAGGGCAGGCAAACAUAUCAGUCAGCUGCGCGAGGAGCUCGCCGUGCAAGUGGAUCCUAGACCCGGGGACAGCACAUGGCGCAUGAUGCGAGUGCUAAAUCCACUUGAUCGUUGUAUGGGAUUUGUGACUUUGACCUUCAGCUUGUAUGUGCUCAUGGGCAUGGCCGCUGGUAGGAUCGUUGAAUUGCAUCCAGAUGAAAAGCAAUGGAUCAAGAAGAAAAGAGGGGAGGCGCGCAAGCAAAGUGAAACAAAAUGAUUGAGGGCCAUGGUUAUGAACGGCACAGGUCCAAUAAAAGGUUGUU